AUGGAGAAAAACAAUCACACGAUCACUGAGUUCAUCCUGGUGGGCUUCACAACAGACCCUGUGAUGCAGCUGGUCCUGUUUGUUGUCUUCCUUGGUGUCUAUUCUGGGACUGUGAUAGGAAAUACCACCCUCAUGGUGUUGAUCUGUAAAGACUCCAGGCUGCACACACCCAUGUAUUUUUUCAUUGGGAAUCUGUCUUUUCUGGAUCUCUGGUAUUCUUCUGUCUACACCCCAAAGAUCCUACUGACCUGUGUCUCUGAAGAGAAAACCAUCUCCUUUGCUGGCUGUGCAGCCCAAUUUUUCUUCUCUGGUGGGCUAGGGUACAGUGAGUGUUACCUGUUGGCUGCCAUGGCUUAUGACCGCUACAUGGCCAUCUCAAAGCCACUGCUUUAUUCUCAGGCCAUGUCCAUAAAGCUCUGUGCAUUCUUUGUUGCAGCCUCAUAUCUUGGUGGCUUUAUUAACUGCUCCAUCAUCACCAAAAGAAUUUUUACCAUGAAUUUCUGUAAUGACAAUGUCAUUGAUGACUUCUUUUGUGAUUUGCUUCCCCUGGUGAAGUUGGCUUGUGGCAGGAAGGAAGGUUACCAGGCUUUGAUGUACUUCCUCCUGGCCUCCAAUGUCAUCACCCCUGCCAUGCUCAUCCUGGCCUCCUACCUCUUCAUCAUCACUACCAUCUUGAGAAUCCGCUCCACCCAGGGCCGCCUCAAAGCCUUCUCCACCUGCUCCUCCCACCUUAUCUCUGUCACCUUGUACUAUGGCUCGAUCCUCUAUAUCUAUUCCCGUCCACGAUCGAGCUAUUCUUCAGAUAGGGACAAAAUAGUUUCUACAUUUUAUACUGUGGUAUUCCCCAUGUUGAAUCCCAUGAUCUACAGCCUGAGGAAUAAGGAUGUGAAAGAGGCUCUGAACAAACUCUUCAAAUAA